AUGAACUAUACAGCAGAAGAUCUGAAUGCCGAUGUUACAAAAACUCUCUAUUUUAACACUGGAAUACUACUUUUGUAUCUUUUUCUAGGAUUAUUUGGAAAUUCAAUUGUUGUGUAUAUUUACAUACGUAGGAUGAAACGAACUGACGAAAAGUAUUUUAUCCCAAUUUUAGCCAUUGCCGAUAUUUUCGCUUGUCUUGCUGGCGUUAUACUUGGCGUUGUUUCGAAUUUUCACAGGGCCUACUAUACUUUGGAUACCUUUUGUAAAGUAGGAUAUUUUCUUACUUGGUCGACCACCUCUGUGUCUGGGAUUAUCAUUCUACUUAUUGCUCUAAAUCGCCAUCUUAUGAUUUGCCGUCCUACUAGUCCACAACUUACUAUUACUAGGAAAAGAAGAGCUCUGAUUGUGGUGAUGAUAUUUUCAAUAGUGACGUCAGCACCUAUGCUUUACUUCUUGGGAGAAAGGCAUUAUCCUUUUAUGUACAAAGGAGAACUGAUAAAUACUACUUUGUGUACCUUGCGCUUUACAGAUGGAACUCUGCAUAAAUUACAAAUUGGUUAUUUUGCUUUUGAAAUUUUUUUGGCUUUGCUGAAUAUGAUUAUAACAUGUGUAUUGUAUAUACCAGUCGGUGUAAAAAUAUAUCGAAGAUUUAGGAAGGGAGGUCUCAAAGCCAAAAUGGCAAAACAAAAACCUGACAUUUCGAAAGCUCAAGACAAUGCACCUCAAACCGAGGGUCCGGGGAAACUACACGUAGAAAUGACUGGAAUUGAAGAGUCGGCAUUUUCAACAACCGUGUCAACAGUCUUGAGUUCAACAGAAGACGAUGUAUAUUGCGGACGAUGCAAGUCAAAUUCUAAAGAGGAUUCUAAACGGGAUGUUAGAGACACGUCGAUAAACAGGAAGAAAAAGGCGAGGAAUAAACAAGCGAGAAACAACUUUACAGUGAUGUUUGCCACCAUCAUCAUCUUCUAUAUUUUAGCAUACCUCCCUACUCUUGUCCUGAUGAUGCUUCCAGGGAGUAACCCGGCAGAAUUCUGGUUCUCCAAGAGCCCACUAAUGCUUAAUUUUCUUGUCUUUCUACAAAGGGCGUUCUUGUUGAAUAACAUUGUUAACGCUUUUAUUUAUAGUUACUUUGAUUUGUCUUUCAGAAAAGAAGUCAAAAAGAUUUUAUGCUGUUUUAUUUGUUUCUAA